AUGUCAGUGACUUCUUUAAAUUCUGGAGCAUCUUCAGAGGCGAAUGUUCAGUGGCCUGUUACUCGCACGGCCUACGAGAUUAUAAAAUCUAUCGGCCAGGGCGCUACAUCUGUGGUGCACGAGGCAUUGUGCAAGCCACUCAAUCGAAAAUGUGCAAUGAAAAUAAUCAACCUUGAUAAGUCCAGCACAUCGGCCUCUCUUGAAGAAAUUAACCGUGAGAUAAAAUCAAUGAAGAACAUGAAAAAUGAAAAUAUCGUUGCUUAUUAUGCCUCAUUCGUGGACAAAACUGAACUUUGUAUUGUAAUGGACCUUUGUCAACGAGGUUCGUUACUCGAUGUUAUUAAAUUUAUUCAAAGCAAAAGAGAUAUAACAUAUGGUGUCUUCGAUGAGUAUACAAUCGCUACGAUCUUAAGGGAUGUGCUGCGUGGUCUCGCGUACAUUCACGAGGGCGGCCUCGUUCAUCGGGAUCUAAAAUGUGGAAAUUUAUUGGUGAAAGACGAUGGCGUAAUUCAGAUCGCCGAUUUCGGUGUCGCAGGCUUUCUGGCGAGUCAACCGCUGUCAGAGACGGGCAGUAUAGGGCCUCGGCGCUUCACGUUUGUCGGCACACCAUGCUGGAUGGCUCCUGAGGUCAUGCAGCAGACUGGUGGCUACAAUCACAAGGCAGAUAUUUGGUCUAUUGGAAUCACAACCAUCGAAAUGGCAACUGGUCAAGCUCCCUAUGCCAAAUAUGCCCCCAUGAAGGUGUUAAUGCUAACACUGAAAAAUGAUCCACCGGAUAUCGAUACGGUGGCAACGGUGUCGAAUCAGUAUGUCGAAUACGGUCAUAAAUUCCGGAAAUUUGCCCGAUCUUGUCUCACAAAGGAUCCUAAUCAGCGGCCUACUGCUAGGGAGCUUCUCAGUCACUCCUAUAUCAAAUCCAAGGCUAAGGAUCGAGAGUUGCUGUGCCGCGUGUUGCUGAGUGGCGAGGUUCCGACUCCUCCACUGAAACAGAAUCGCCAUCAUGAGGACCGGGUCGAAAAGCGUGACAAGCAAAAUGUCAGCACAGAGUGGAAUUUUGACACAUUGGGUCGACAGGCGUCUUCCAGCCACUACUACACGAGCGACGAUGACAGUGACGAAGGCGGUCAGGGUGGCUACAAUAAUGAAAACACUACUAUUCCCUCUGGCUCUGCUGCUGCUCCACCGCCACUUCCGCCGCGCUCAGGCUCGUCAACCUCGGGGACGUCACCCACGCAUCCCCCUCCUGUACCUGCCGGAACUCCGGCCUCUCCCCAAACGAACCAACCCAGCUUUGGACACAUUACGAACUUUUCCCACCAGAGUGGUGGUGAACAGGGCAGCUCCUCUGAGCCAACUGGUCCUUACUACCGCCUCACUUUGCGUAAGCGGAAUCCUCGUCAACGAAAUGAACUUCAGGAUAUCAGCUUCAACUAUGUCAUUGGGAAAGGUAAACUUCAGAAUUGCUCGCAUGUGUCUAUUUAUAUCGGGACUCCUACGAUGAUGAUGAUGAUGAUGAUGUCAGGAUUCAUGGUCAGUUGUUUACUCAACAAUCAUCCUCAUCUCAAAGCCCACUUGUUUACGAAUUCGGCUGACGUCCUGGCUAGGGAACUGGUUGAAGCUGAUCUUCUGGAUGGCUGUGAUCUUCUCCUAGUUGCACACCACAUGAGUGAACUUGUUGCGCAUCCAAACGAGCGAGAGCACUGCUUCCCUCUGAAUUCGCCCCCGGCUCCAGGUCAGGUUCCUGUGGAAUCGGAACUGCAUGGUUACGCGAAGAUUCUCAUUCGCCUUGUUGACGGGUCAACUCAUUAG